AUGAUGAAUGGUCGCGAUCGUCCACGUCCACCGCCCUCCGGUGAUCCUCAGCGCGGGGGCGACGCCCGCAAUGGCUCCGGUGACGGCAUGAGCAGGGCAGAGAAAUUCGAGGACGAAAAGAGACGCAUUAUUCAAAGUUGCUAUUCGAAAAAAGAUAAUGAUGGAGCCUUGGUCGAGUCCUAUAUUACACACGUCCGAAUCACCGAGGAUGGAUCACACCCUUCUUCCCCUUCCCCGCCUAACUCGGCACCGGAGAACAAGAAACCCCGUGUCAUUAUCAUUUCAGUACGGAGGUCAGGUAGAGUUCGAAUGCACAAGGCUCGUGAAAAUAAUGACGGAACAUUUUCCAUUGGUAAAACGUGGAUGCUCGAUGAUUUAUCUGCAAUCCAAUCGUACGUCGCUUUUGUCCCAAAGACAGCAAUCGAGCAACAGCACAAGGAAUGGGCAUCCAAUGUUGGAUUUGUGGUUACCGUAGGGAAGCCUUACUACUGGCAUGCCCGCAGCUCCAAGGAAAAAGAAUUCUUCAUUGGCAGCUUGGUCAAGAUCUACAAGAAGUAUACGGGAGGCAAAAUCCCCAAUCUGAUUGGGUUUGAAGAAAAGCAACGACAGGCGCUCAUCGGAGGAGGUACUCCAGGGCCAUCAGGGCCUUCUGCGCCACCUUCAAGAGGGGCCGGUUUAGGGCCCCAUCCAGAAGCGGGAACACCUCAACCCACACCCUCAUAUGGAAGUCGUGAACCCAGUCGUGAUGGAGCUCGUGAAAUACGGCGGAAGGCAUCUGAAGACCCGAUGCUCCGGUCCCAAAAGAGUCGUGAACAGAUGUCUCGUCCAUCAACUGGGAAUAAGCCAGCCCCGCCUCCUUUCAGCCCACCCUCUAAUCCACCACCUGCCGUCCCCCCGCAGCGAAGAGAUCCAGAAACCAGAGAUCCACCGGUGAAAUUCCCCUUCCAAGAUGAUUCUCGCACGCCGUCAGGUCGUGGGGAAGGGCGUGCCCUGAAGACCCCAACAUCCGAGCUUGCCAUUCAGACCCCAGGAACUCUGUCGCUGAACACAAAACGAAGUGUGGAUGGGCUGCGGCCCAGUACCGCGGGAUCUUUUUCGAGCGAAGGUCGAGGAAUUCCUCCAAGUCCUGGUGGCAGCGUGGAACCGAGAUCACCGUAUUUACCGUAUCGGGAUCCAAACUUCGAACCACUGCCGCAGCCUGUUCAAGAUAAGGCUAUAUCAGAAGAGCCUCAGCCAAUACCAACAGUUGAGGACUCAUCCGCGAGAGACGAAACACCAUCUUCGCCAGUAUCCGUUGACCCUGCUGUAGCAGCAGCUGUGCUCCAAUUCUCCCAACCAACUCAGGAGCACACGCAGGAACAGCAGCCUUCAAGUACCUCGGAGGCAGUCGAGGACGAUGGCGAGGCACACCGGCCCGGGCUGGGCCCUAUGGUGAAGAAGAAGGGGCCUAGUGAACUUGCAGGGGUUCUCCGAAAAGCCGCAACUGCAUAUGGAGCUUUCAAGCCGCGGCCUGGGGGUGCUGGCGAGCGUCUACUAGCGGCGGCGAAGAAACAGCAGGCCGAACAAGAUGCGGAUGGUAUCACAGGCGUUUUCCCGGCCCCAUCCCUGACUAAAUCUGCAAGUGAGGCCCCGAAGACCCCGAUAGAAGAGCCGACUGAGAAAGAGCUCAUGGUGACGGCACCAACCCCCGAGGUUCCGACUGCUACUACACCUACUGUUGAAAUCACCCAGCCGGAGGUCGAGGUGACCUCGCCGCUGCCUGAUUCGAUUCCUCUUCCUGAGAAGAGCCAAGAUUCGCUAGUCGAUAUUGUAAACAUUGAUGAACGCUCACGAUCACCAUCUCCGGCCGCUCGGGGCCGUCGUCGGAGAAGAGAAGACCACACCGUGAAAUACUGCCAGGCUCUCGGUAUCGACCCACGUGUGCUCGAUGGACGUGGAAUUGACUUUGAUGAUAUCUUAACUGAUCUUGGUUGGAAUGGACGUCUCAAUGACGAGCAGAAGAUCGAGGACUUGGAAGCAGAUGUUCGCCGCGAGAUUGGUCGCGUUGAAGCUACCAGCUGGCUUGGUAAUCUUGAACAGCAGGAAGGAAAGGUGGAGCAGCUGGCUGUCCUCAUUGAUAAGACAAUUGAAGAGUGUGAGGAGCUGGAGGGUCUUCUCACCCUGUAUUCGCACGAACUGAACACUCUGCAUGACGAUGUUUCGUACAUUGAAGCUCAAUCCCAAGGUUUGCAAGUUCAAACGGCGAACCAGAAGCUUUUGCAGAAUGAGCUCCAGAAUCUCUUGAAGACACUAUCAAUUUCCACGUCCGAGCUUCUGCCGCUCAGGGAAGCCUCUCUAAGCAAUCCCGAUGGGUUGAAGGAUGCUGAAAAUGCCCUUUCCACUUUGUACAAAGCGAUGCUUAUGAUUGAUGCCGAAAUUGGGCAAAACAAAAAGCGAUUGGUCGAUGCCAGCGUGGGAGUCUAUGCCAACACAGAGAUUGGCCAAAUGCGUGCCAUCAAAGAGAAGAAGGAAGAAUACCACACGGCCGCCGUGACGUUUUUGCAACACCGCCUUAAACAAUUCAUGGCUCUGGCCUUCAAGACAGCGGAACAAAAACGCGUAGAUGUGAUGGCCGCCACUACCAGAGACCCCAUGAAGCUGGACAGUGCUGCACGACAACAAUUCCGUGCUGAAGUCUGGAGGUACAAUCCGUUGAUGCUGUUCACCAAGGAAGUGAGUAUGUCGGAGUGGCAUUCUCUGGUGAACCUCUAUGAGCAGCAAUCCAAGCCAUCGUACCAGAGUGAGUUCCGCGACAAUAACGCGAACUGGAAGAAGACAGCUCGCAAGACGACCGGAGAGGAGUCAGAACUUCUCUUCACCCACCAAGAAAAAGAGAAGGAAGCUGAGAGCAUCACCAUGGCAGCCCGCAAACUUACAGUGCGCCGAGGCAAGACCGUUCGAGCUGCCGUCGGCCUUCGGUUAGCCUCUGGUGAGAAAGCAGAGAAAAAACGGGGCAGGGUCGAGCCAUGUGAAGCAUUUGCAGGAACGCUGCGCGAGACUCUCAAUAUGAUUACUGACGAACAAAACUUUGUGGUCGAAUUCUUCCACCUGAAUUCCUUGGCCAAUGUCGAUUUCUCCGACUUGGUGGCUUCUGCUGAGCCAGAAGGUCGGCAGUGCCCCGACUUCUCUGUUAAACAGUCCCAUGAUCCAGAUCGUGACAUGGCUAAGCGCGUUGAACAUAUUAUGGAUGAGAUUUACUCAUUCUGGCCAAACGACAUGCAAAGCAUGGUAGACUGGGCCAUUACCUCUGAUCCUCUGCAAGGCAUUGGUAUCCUCUUUGCCUUGGAGUCGGCCAUGUCAGACCUUGACGAUACCAACCAAGAGUUCAUCAUCCACUCGCUCCAGAAACUCCACUCUCGUCUAAUGGGACUCUACAAUAGGUUCGUGGAUGAACAGAUUCGAGGUAUUGAAGACACCAAGGUGAAGAUAAACAAGCGCAAGGGUGUAAUUUCCUUUAUACGGGUGUUCCCGCACUUUUGCAACGCCGUCGAGACUAUGCUGUCCCAGCCGGGUGGAGAAUUCUGUGAUAUUCGUAUCAGCGUCAAUGAUGCCUAUGACCGUAUCAACCGCGCCAUGUGGGAGUCGCUCAAGUUCAUUGCCAAGGAAGCCCCUGGCCAACCCCCUGGUGUAUCUGCCACUGCGGGAGACCCCGAGGACAAAGAGGUGCUCAACUACCACAUUCUGCUCAUUGAGAACAUGAACCACUAUGUUGAGGAGGUUGAUGUGCAUAACACCCCGGUGCUUGAACGCUGGAUGGGUCGGGCCCACCAGGACUUUGACGAACACAUGAGACUUUACCUGGAUGCGGUGAUCCACCGACCCCUUGGUAAGCUGAUGGAUUUCAUCCAAUCCUUGGAGACACUGCAGGCGGCCGGUAACAGCUCCGACAUCGCGACUCGGGCCAGUCACUCCCGUAUGGUUGCAAAGAAGGUUUUGUCCUCCUACGAUGCCAAAGAAGUGAAACGUGGUGUGGAAGUGCUCAAGAAGCGUGUAGAGAAACACUUUGGUGAUGCUGAUGACCCCGGUCUUAGCCGCAGCUUGGUGCUGAAGGUGCUGCGGGAAUGUGAGCAGCGCUACGAGCAGGCAUAUGACCGGACUCGGCAUAUCAUUGAUACCGUUUACGAAGGACAAUUGGAGCUGGAAUGGCGAAAGGAGGACGUGGCGGCCAUGUUCCGAAAAUGA